AUGGCAGGUAACGCCAACCAAGGCUUCGCUGCUUCCAAGUGCAGUGUCGCUGCUGGUGGCACCGUGGAAAACAAUCGAGAUGCAUUAGACCGCUCGUGUUCAAACGAGGCUAUUGGCGGAGCACACUACGGUCCUGUCUUGGGCAAGAACGCUCCUGGGUCUUCUGGCUCAGACGACUACUGGGGUACCAAGGACCUGAACACGCAUUGCGGAAAGCUAGACGUUAAGAUCCCUACCGGACUUGCCCCAGGUGAUUAUUUGCUGCGAGCAGAGGCAAUCGCCCUGCACUCUGCAGGUGGCUCUGGUGGGGCUCAGCUUACCAUUACUGGAACAGGAACCACGAACCCAAGCGGCGUUAGCUUUCCUGGCGCUUACAAAGCAUAUGGCCCAGGUAUUCUGAUCAACAUUUUUCAGAAGCUUACCCAAUACGUUGCUCCCGGGCCGGCUGUCAUCUCUGGAGGCACCGAAGCUGUUGCUGGUAAGGCUAGAUCAACACCUGGAAAACGUAUGUUGGCGAAGAUGCGGUACUGA